UUGCCAUACAUGAGCAAGGAACACGUCUGCCCCAGCAUGCUCAACUUGCAUUUCACCCAAUUUCCCCCACAAACUAAAACCCAACCUUUUGUACUUCAACCCUAAGCAAUCCCAAUGCCCAAACAAACCCCAAUCUGCCACUCUCCUUUUUCUAGUAUAUAAGUACCGUGAGUGUUAUAUGGUGAUACAUCUUUUUCUAACACCCAAUCUCACACUCAAACCUGAGUAGACUCGAGAGUAGAAAUGGGAGGAGCCGAUUCCUGUAAUUACAUUGAUGAAGCGGGUGGACGGCGGCGGCAGCAGCAGCAGCAGCAGCAGUUGAUUCCGGGUCUGCCUGAUGAGAUAGGGAUGGAGUGUUUGGUUAGAGUUCCCUAUGGAUCCCAUUCACGCAUGAAAUCGGUGUGCCGUGGGUGGCGUACCCUCAUUUCUCAUCCUUCAUUUUCUGAACAAAGAAGAAAGGCCCGCACUGCAGAGCAUCUUGUCUGCCUUGUUCAAGCCCUCCCAACUCCCUCUACCAUCCACGCUGAUGUUGUGUUGAAGGAGAGGGAUGACAAGAGGCAACGGCAGGAGGAGGGUUGCCAAUAUAAUCAUCCCUCUGCGCCUCCCUAUCAAUAUGGGCUCAGCAUAUUCAAUGCCACCUAUCAGACAUGGCACCAAAUGAUGCCCAGUUCCAUUCCGAUGUUCUGCCACUGCGUCGCGCUUCCUUCAUCAGGGAAGCUGCUCCUCCUGGGAGGUUGGGAUCCCACCACCCUCGACCCGGUUCCCGAUGUCUAUGUGCUCAAUUUAAUUGGCGAAGACGGGGCGAGGUGGAGACGCGCAGCCCCAAUGUCGGUGGCGCGAUCUUUCUUUGCUUGUGCCGUGGUGGGACGCUCCACCGUGUAUGUGGCCGGGGGGCACGACAGCCACAAAAACGCUCUGAGAUCGGCGGAGGUUUACGACGCGGAGGCAGAUGAGUGGAGGACGCUGCCAUCCAUGUGGGAGGAGAGGGACGAAUCCCAGGGGCUGUCAUGGGAGGGAGAUUCCAGGUUUUGGGUGGUGAGUGGCUACAGCACAGAGAACCAAGGUCGGUUCCGCUCCGACGCAGAGUGCUACGACCCGGAAACUGGUUGUUGGUCCAAGGUGGAAGGGCUUUGGCCAUUUCCAAGCAGCAGCCCCAGAGGUUGUGUGAGUGUCAACAGCGCCAGCGGCAGAGGACAAUCUAAACACCAGUGGUGGCGGAUCGCGGGAGAGGAGCAACAGCAGCAACAAACUGGGAUAGGGGAAAUAAGGGAGUACGAGAGGGAGGCGGAAAGGUGGAGAGUGGUUAGUUCGAUUCCACUUCCACAUCCAGAAUUUGGGUUAGGCAGAUCAUCCAAGUGUGUCGUCAGUCUUGAUGGAGGUGGGGAUGGCAAUAGUAGAAGAAUGUUGGUGAUGAGCAGUGGUGGGGAAGGGAAAGCAGGGGCCUUCAUUUUGGAGAGGAAUGAUAAAGGGAAAACCAAGUGGAACCACGUCCAUGUUCCUCCCCAAUUCACGGGGUUCCCGUACUCUGCUGCCCAUCUCCAUGUUUGAGCUGCAGGGUUAAUUGAAUUUUUCCCUCUUGUACAAUUCAGUUCUACUGUUGUCAGUCUUCAUCUCCUCCCUGUUUUGAAGGUUAAUUGAAUUUGAGAAUCAACUUAAUGUCCUUUGUAUGAAGUUGAAUAUGGUAUUUAUCUAAUUCUGACUUUCUGAGGAGUA